UCUCGGAUCUCGGAGACACCACAUAAAUCAACAAGAUGUAGUUUGUGAACUCGCUUGUGGCGGUCCUCAUAAGUAUGAUCUUACUAAUCGAAAUAGAUACAUGCUAAAUCUUUAUACAAUUGGAAUUCAGCAAUAUAUGACAGAAAUCCAAAUCUUUAUGAUGGAAAAACGUGAUGUAUAUCGACUUCAUCUUCUAAAAUCAUUCAAUUUACCCCUGUCUUAUUCAGUUUAUGGUAAUUUAUGUCUUGCUCUUUCAUGGGCAUGGAACAUUAAAGGACUUGUUGAAAGUCUGUCAUAUGAAUUGGACGAUAGAGCAUUUGUAACUUCUAUAACUCCUGAACGUGAUCCACCCAGUGAAAUGAAAACUGAUACAACACCUGACUGA